AUGGUGGCGCCGGCUGCCGUCUCCACCUUCUCCUCCUCCUCCUCCUCCUCGUCUCCCUCUUCCGUGGCACCCAGAACCCACCGCCGCGGCCUCCUCAGCGCCCGUGCGCCGCUGCCGCCGGCCCGGACCGUCGCCUCCUCCCGCGCGCCGCUGGUCGUGUCCAGCCCGCCGCCCACGCCCGCCCCCGCUCCGGGGCACGCCAAGGUCGAUCGCUCCGGCCGCUUCUGCAGCCCCCGCGCCGCGCGCGAGCUCGCGCUGAUGGUCUCCUACGCGGCGUGCCUGGAGGGCGCCGACGUGGUGCGGCACUUCGACCGCCGGGUGGCCGCGAGAAGAGAGCCUGGGUAUGUUUUCAACAAGGCGUGCGUGCAGAGCUACAAUUUCAUGAGCUUCUGUGGGGGGCCUCUGGAGGUUGCGACGGAGGAGGAGGCCGAGAAGCUCAUGAGUCAGAAUGAGAAGGAUUCGGCAAACGAAGCAGAAGUUCUUUCAGCUCCUCCAAGGCUGGUGUACAACAAUUUUGUGUUACGAUUGGCCCGGGACAUGUUAGUGGCAGUUGCCAGUGGAUGGGAUCAGCAUGUUGAAGUUAUCAACAAAAUAAUUCCCCAACAUUGGAAGGAUGAACCUGUUGCAAGGAUCCUAGAACUUUGCAUUCUUCAUAUUGCCAUGGCAGAGAUGACAUCGAAAGGAACUCCUCACAAAGUUGCAAUUAAUGAGGCGGUAGAUCUGGCAAAGCGGUUUUGUGAUGGAGGUGCUCCUCGGGUAAUCAACGGAUGCCUUCGAACCUAUGUAAAGGAUCACAUGAACAAUGGCAAUAGUCAGGCAGCUGAACUAAAGCCAUAA